AUGGCUUCCUCGCUCGCCGCGCAGUUGGCGCAGGUCGCCGCCAAUUCAAAGUCGUCCCUCAACGUCAAGGCUCAGAAGGCUGCCCAUUCCAAGUCGCUGAUCUGGGAGCCUCGUGUCGCUGCCUCGCAGAGCUACCAGACGCUCUACACGACCUGCCAUCAGGGAUUUGAGGAGUUGUGCCAGCUCGACAGCCGAUUUGCCCACUUCCAGGCCACCAUCUUUGGCGAAGACAGCCAGACGCAGGACCGGAACCAGUUGUCACCGGCGGAGAACAAAGAAUUGGACAAGCAGAUUGACGCAUUCUUGCGGCUGGCCGGCUCUCGACUGCGUCUGAUGCCUGCGAUCAAGGCCAUCGAAUGGUUGAUCAGAAGAUUCCGUAUCCACGAAGAAAACACAAGCGCACUGAUCAAGACCUUCUUGCCGUUCCACUCGAUACCUGCCUUCGCCACGCUGCUCUCUAUCCUCCCUGCAAAGAUACCCGCCGAGUUCCGCUUUCUCGAUCCAUACGUUCGAUCCCAAACCUCACCUCCUCGGUCCGUGCUUGUGCACCAAGCCGUGCACCACCCAGAACUUGUCACGCUGUACUCCGAGUACACUCUCGAAUCAUGUCGCAUGCAAUUCCAGCACCCCGCGCUCAUCUCCUUCUGGGCAGGUCUUUUAACCGAAGCAGUCAGUGGCAUUCUCGACCGGUCGCGAUCCGGCCGCGUGGCGGUGCAGAAGGACAAUGAUCAGGCUCUCCUCCAUCGCCUCGGACCCAUCUUCGCCGAAGCCCUGGUCAUGAAGAAGGUUCCGGCCCUGCAGAUUGCUUCGUACAUGGCUCUUGCCGUGUUCGUCGCCAAGGGCAACCUCGAAGAUGUCGCUGUGACAGCAUUCAUGGAGCAGACCGUGCUUGGAUGGACGAAUGCGACUGUCCGACCUGCCUUGGUGAGCUUGGUCAUCAUGGCGCAGCAUCGAUCGGCCAAGCAGAUGAGCAGCAAGGUCACAAAGGCAUUGCUCAAGAUCUCGGAUAUUGGGCCUUUGCUGGUAGAGAUUGGCCAGGAGAGGCGCGUCGACAAGCUGGCCAACGGACUCUGCCUGGCACUGGUCGAGCGCUUCACCAGAAAGGGCGACUCGCGUGGCCUGCCCACCAUCAUGGCCAUUCUCGGUAGCCGGAUCCUCAAGGACAAGCAGAUUGCGGUGAUCUUCAAGUCGCUGCUGCUCACGGCACUCAAGCUCGACGACGGCAACGACAAGGAUGGAGCUUUGCGAAGAGAGCUCGGAUCGGCGCUGAUCGCUCUUUCGCAGACCACGGGAGAGUCUGGCGAGGUCAUACAGUCGGUCAUCAGAGACGUGGACUUUGAUAUUGAGGAGCUCGAGAUGAAGCUCGACCUGUCUUUCCGAUCCCGACACAUCCCAGAAGUCGCCGAUGCUGAGGCCACCAAGGAGGAAGCCCCACAAGAGACAGUGCACGAGAGGAUUGAUAGGUCCUUCAAGGAAAUCGAGUCCAGCAAGAGCGCCCUGUCGCCGUGUCUGCUGCCACAGAAGAAGGAGAUCUUCGAAGAGUUCAGCCAUCUGUUCUUUACCAUCGUUGCUGAGCAGGCCAAGCAUCCUUCGUGGCUUGAGAAGAUGGACGAGCAGGCCAAGUUACGUCGUAGGACCGCUCUCAGCGACUGCACAUAUUGCAGCUUCUUCACCCGCAUCUGGUGCGGACCAUACCCAGCCAUGGCUCGCGCGGCCGCAUUGGACAUGGUGAAAUCCCGACUACAAAAUGACACCGAGACCAAGCCAGAUAUGCAGGCCCUCAUCCCUUACUGCGUGACCGCGCUCGGCGACCCCUCGAAACGCGUUCGCCAAGCUGCGGCAGGGCUGAUGACCGCACUGGCACACACAUACUCGUCCCUGAGCUCGGGCUCGUCGAUAUGGGGCGAUGGCGAGUUGUACGGAAUGGGAUCAAAGUUUGUGGCCCUGAGCUCUGAGAUGGCGGCCAAGAUGCUCCAUCUCCAGAUCCUGCCGUCGCUCGAGGAAUGUGUACUGGACCCUGGGCACAUCUUUGCCAUCAUCUCCUCGUCCAUGGAGACGGGCAAAUAUCACAAGCGACCAGACCCCGCGAUUGAGAAGAAGGAUCACAUGUCGCAGGCCAUGCGGCUGGCGUUGAUGGGAUUUUUUGCCGUGCAUGCUGUCUCGACGCCCAUCUUGUUGGUUAAGGAUAGACUGCUGCGAGCACUGAACGAGACUCGCGGCGUCUCUAGCACCAGCCGGACCAAGGUCCUACUGCCUGCCCUGCAAUGGUGGGCAGAGCUGGGUCAGGAGGAGGCGCAGACGCUUUGCGCCAAGGAGCAGCUGGACCAGGCUACCAUUGACGCGCGUUUUGUUGACAUUCUUGUGCCCAACGAGGUGGAUGGCCUCGAGUUUGUCUUCAACUUUCUCAAAAACCCCGACAACAGAGAAAGAGACGGGCUCGUGCAGGCUCUGCUCGCGCGCAUCAGGAAGAUCUGGCCCGCCCUCAAGGAUGAUGUCAAGUUCAUGGUUGCCGAGCAGCUCCUCGAGAUUUCCCAGGAGAACACCGAUGAGAACGCUGACAACUUCGUGCCCGGCGAGGCGGCCGACUUGCUGCGCAGUGUGCCCUUAACCACCGACAUUCUUUCGUCCUUCCUUGACUCCAUCAAGACCGGCACCAAGAUGAUCACCGAACCACCACCCAACAAGCGACGCCGCAGGAGCUCUGCUGAGAGCAACCGCAGUCUCUCCACGCGGGCAAGCUCCGAGAUCAGCCUUGCCCUGAGGCGCGUCACCUUUGUCCUGCAGCUCGUGGAGAACUCGGACCCCGUCAACCACCCUGAGCUCCUCGACGGGCUAUUCACAGCCCUGUCGGAGCUGCAGCACUUCAGGACCGUCGUCGGCUCGGAGCUAGGAUACCUGCAGAACCUCAUCCUCCGCAGCCUGCUUGCCAUGAUGCCCACUUACAAGGCUGACAAGAACCUCAAGAUCAGCACCUCUGGCGGUUACGGCGACCUCCUCGUCAACUGCAUCCAGAAGUCGUCGAGCCCCGUCGUCCAGAAUGCGGCGCUGCUCCUCAUCGCCAGCUUCGCCACCACGGCACCGAAUUUGGUCCUGCAUAGUGUCAUGCCCAUUUUCACGUUCAUGGGGACGUCAGUGCUUCGCCAGAGUGACGACUACUCGGCCCACGUCGUCGCCCAGACAAUCAAAGAGGUUGUGCCGCCCCUCAUCGACUCGCUCCGCCAUGGGAAAAAGAGCCCCGUCGCCGGCGCCGCUGAGAUCCUCGUCAGCUUCACUACGGCCUACGAGCACAUCCCCUCUCACAGGAGGGAGGAUCUCUUCUACGCUCUGGUCGAGACGCUAGGCGCGUCCGAGUUCCUGUACGCUCUGGUCAGCAUGCUCGUCGACCGCUACGGCCCCAGCGACGCAUUGCUGCAGUUCAUCACUAGCCUCCUGAACCGCUUCCCAAUCGAGGUGCAGAUGGAGACGCUCGUGAAGCACUGGGAUCUCAUAGCAGACCUCUUCCGGCCUAAGCCCGACAUCUCUUUUGCUCUCCUGGGCGUCAGCGAGGACGGCGAGAAGGACGUCGAGCAGAUCGCUCUGCGUCAACUAUCCGCCUUCCCCACGUUCCUAUCCAGCAAGAAGUUGAGAUCGGAGAUCUCCAAGCUGGUAGACCAUGACGACAUGGAGGCGUCUGAGGUACGCACCUUGUACUCUGCGCUGCUUGAGAAUGUCCUGCUCCUGGCCGACCAGGUCAAGGGCAACAAGGCACUGCACCCUCGCUGUGGCGCCACGCUUGCCAACCUGCUCAACUUGCUGUCCAUUGGCGAGUUCAUCAAGUCGGUUGAGAACCUGCUCGACCGCCCCAACAUGGGUCUGCGUCAAAAGGUCUUGCGCGCACUCGAGGUCCGCGUCGACAAGGAGAGCAAUACGGACGCGUCCUCGCGUACCGUCCUGCUGGCCUUCCUCCCACAGCUCACCGCCGCGAUCCGCGAGUCCACCGACAUACGCUACAAGCACACUGCCGUCACCUGCGUCGACAAGAUUGCCGAGAAGUACGGCAAGAAGGAUAUUGAGGCUGUCGUUGCCGCGGCAUCCACUAUCGCCGGCGAGCAUUGCCUCGGGCAGAACGACAAGCGCCUGCGUGUCAUGGCUCUGCUGUGCCUCACAUCGCUGGUCGACGUGCUACAGGACGCGAUUGUGCCUGUGCUUCCCGUCGCCGUGCCCCAGGCCGUGCAGUACAUGAGCGACAGCCUGCAAGGCGACGAGCCUGACGAGGAUCUGCACUCUGCCUGCUACGGCUUCAUCAGCUCCCUGGCGGAGCACCUCCCAUACAUGCUCUCGAACCACAUCGGGCGCAUACUCGAGAUCUCAAAUGCCUCGGCUGAGGCAGGUCUGAGCGACGAGGCGAACGCAAGCCGCGUCAGCUGCCUCGAGUUCCUGGCCAAGCGCCUCGAGGCGAAGGAGGUCUUUACCGGCUUCGACAAGAACUGGGACAGCGCCGUGUCGGCCGGCUUCAAAGCCAUGACCGAGUACCUCAACAUCCUGGGUAAAGCCCUCGACAAGCACUCCAAGGCCAACAUUGCCAAGAGCGCCACAACACUCACGAGCAUCAUCACCAAGGGUCUCGACCUCCGCCGCCAGAAGCAGGCCCAGACACAGGUGCAGGACGGCAAGUCCACCGAGGAGGAGGAGCCCUCCAUCACCGCCGUGGAAGCCAACCUCAACGAAAAGGCCCUCAAGAUGAUCUACAAGCUCAACGACGCCUCUUUCCGCCCCAUCUUCAUCCAGAUUGUCGAGUGGACGACCUCCGGUCUGCCCAAGUCGGACAAGACAGGCCGCGUCCUGCGCCAGUACAGCGUCUACGGCUUCCUGCACACCUUCUUCUCGAACCUCAAGUCCAUCGUGACCAAUUACUCGACGUACAUUGUUGAUGACGCGGUGAAGACCCUCCAGACCAGCGCGCCCGGCGGCAAGUACCCGGAGCAGCGGCGGCUCUGGGCCCGCGUCCUCGCCACGCUCAAGCAGAGCUUCGAGCACGAUCAGGAUGACUUCUGGCAGGCGCCGUCGCACUUUGGCGCCGUGGCCCCUGUGCUCAUGGAGCAGUUCCUUCACGCGCCCAGCACUGACGUGGAGGCCGACCUGAUCCCGGCCGUCGUCGAGCUCGCCGAGAGGGUGGCUUCGCCCGCGGCCCAGAAGGAGCUGAACACGGCGCUGCUGCAGCACCUCAAGUCGGAGCAGCGCGCUGUGCGACUGGCGGCCGUCAAGUGCGAGCAGCAGCUCAUGGACAGACUGGGCGAGGAGUGGCUGACCAUGCUGACGGAGAUGUUGCCGCGCAUCAGCGAGCUGCAGGAAGAUGAUGACGAGGAGGUCGAGAGGGAGACGCACAAGUGGAUUGUCAAGAUUGAGGCUGUGUUGGGUGAGCCGUUGGAUGCCAUGUUGCAGUAG